AUGUCCACCACCAAGGCAGCAUACAAGCAAGCUCUAAAGUCGGUUAAUACCGCAUUCAAAAACGAUGCACCUAUUCUUAUUGCCGCAAAGCAACAAAUUAAACAACAAAUCUAUGCUAAUCAACAUCUCACAAACAAGACGGAACUAGACGAAGCUAUAGCUAAACUCAACGAAGUAUCUAAAUUCUUGUUACAAAAUAUCGUACAGGGUGAAUUAAAAGAUGAUGGUCGCUAUUUCUUAAAGUUUCAUGAAAAGACCGAAUUGGGUGAUAAUGAUACGAUAAAACAAAAGAAAUCAGAAAUGGGAUCUCUUAGCGGGACCAAGGGGAGUAACAUAAGAGCAAAGAAAUGUGGGCAAUGA